AUGGGGAGUGACAUGAAGGUCAACCUCAUAAGCUUGCUGAGGGAGCACGCGGACAUCUUCGCAUUCUCAGCGGAUGAGAUGCCUGGUAUCGAUCCAGAGAUAAUGGUCCACCGGUUAAACGCCGACAGAAAUGUUAGGCCUGUACGGCAGAAAAAACGUAAUUUCUCCACAGAAAAAAUGGCAGCAAUACAAGAAGAGGUGGAUAAACUGCUGGCGGCAGGUUUUAUUGAGCCAUGUGACUACCCUGAAUGGUUGGCAAAUGUAGUAAUGGUAAAAAAGCCGAGUGGGUCAUGGAGAAUGUGUGUAGAUUUCACCAACCUUAACAGAGCAUGUCCGAAAGAUUUCUACCCACUACCACGGAUUGAUAGGCUGGUAGACUCUACUAGCGGCCAUGCAAUGCUCAGUUUCCUAGAUGCUUUCUCAGGGUAUCAUCAGGUCAGCCUGCAUAAAUCAGACAGGAAGAAGGCGACUUUUAUCACGGAUGCAGGAGUUUUCUGUUAUAAGGCGAUGCCAUUCGGGUUGAAAAAUGCAGGGGCAACGUAUCAAAGGCUGGUCGACAAGGUGUUUGCCGACCAAAAAGGCAGAAACGUGGAGGUCUAUGUAGAUGACUCUAUCGUAAAAAGCCGGAAAGAGGAGGAUCAUGUUAACGAUCUCCGAGAAACUUUUGAGACUUUGAGAAAAUACAGGAUGAAAUUAAACCCAAAAAAAUGCGUCUUCGGAGUAAGGUCGGGAAAAUUCCUGGGGUUCUUGGUCAGCGAGCGUGGCAUAGACGCUAACCCUGAAAAAGUAGAAGCAAUCAUCAGUCUGCCACAACCCAAAAGCGUAAAAGACAUACAGCGGUUGACAGGAAAAAUGGCCGCCUUAAACAGAUUUGUGAGCAAGUCGGCAGAUAAGCAAAUGCCCUUCUUCACAACCUUGAGGCAAAACAAGAAAUUCAAAUGGGGGCCGGCAGAGCAAGAGGCUUUUGAAGCUCUAAAAAGCCACCUAAAGAACCUGCCAACAAUAGCGAGGGCAAAAGAGGGCGGAAAAUUACAAUUGUACAUAUCGGCGUCGCCAAAAACAGUCGCAGCAGUACUGGUAGCCGAAACAGAAAACAAAGGGCAGCAGCCAGUAUAUUUUGUGAGUCAUGUGCUAAACGGCCCAGAAACAAGAUACACGUUGGUGGAGAAAAUGGCAUAUGCAGUCCUUAUCGCGGCUAGAAAGUUAAGACCAUACUUUGAUGCGCAUACAAUCGAAGUGCUAACAAACUUUCCUCUCGAAAAAGCCAUCAGCAAGCUAGAUACAUCAGGCCGGCUGCUAAAAUGGGCAAUAGAGUUGUCCGAGUUUGACUUGAAAUUCCGGCCAAGAACUGCAAUCAAAGCCCAUGCAUUGGCGGACUUCAUAGUUGAAGCGUCAUACCAAGAAGAUGAAGUACAAGCUGAAGUAUGGGAUGUGUCAGUGGAUGGUUCAGCUGCACAGACAGGCAGUGGGGCUGGAAUAAUCAUGAAAUCGCCAGGAGGAGACAUUUUUGAGUAUGCUAUAAAGUUUAUGUUCAACGCGUCAAAUAACGAGGCAGAAUACGAGGCAGCAAUCGCCGGCAUCCAAAUGUGCCUCGCAGCAGAUGCCAAAAGAGUAACACUGACAACAGACUCCCAACUGGUAGCAAGUCAAUUCAGCGAAGGGUACAAAGCCAAAGAACCUUCAAUGGUCAAAUACCUGGAAAAGUUGAGGUCAGUGUCGGCUCAGCUAGAGAAAUUCAGCAUUAAUCUGGUACCCCGGGCAGAAAAUACGCUGGCAGAUGCACUAUCAAAGUUAGCAAGUUCAAAUAUCGCCGACUUGAAAAGAACAGUCAUGAUGGAAGUCAUGAAUAAGCGAAGUACGGAGUCGGAGGAAAUACAGGUCAUGGCCAUCACAACUACCUCAGAAUGGUACGAUAAUAUCCAAACAUACAUACAGACUGGAGCCCUACCAGCAGAUUUGGCAGAAGCCAAAAAGACAAAAAGGGACGCGGUUUGGUACAUCAUCCUCUGGGGAAGGUUGUACAAAAAGUCAUUUAGCCUGCCAUUCUUAAGGUGCCUGACAGCAUUCGAGUCAGCAAGGCUGAUCAAAGAGAUGCACGAAGGGACAUGUGGGAACCAUGCCGGUGGAAAACCCCUUGCCAUCAUCUGUCAAAGGCAAGGCUAUUACUGGCCAACAAUGUUAGAAGAUUGUCGAGCAUAUGUAAAAAAGUGCGAGAAAUGUCAAAAGUUUUCAGCUGUGAUAAACUUGCCAGCCAAUGAUUUGAUGCCCAUUCUGAACCCAUUCGCACAAUGGGGAAUGGAUAUUGUUGGACCAUUCCCAAUGGAGGCUGGAGGGCGCAAGUUCUUAAUAGUAGCAGUGGACUACUUCACCAAAUGGAUAGAAGCAGAGCCGGUAGCAAAAAUAACGGCAAACCAGGUGAAAAAGUUCAUAUGGAAAAAUAUAAUAACAAGAUUCGGACUGCCGCAGGCAAUAGUUUUUUAUCAUGGAUCACAGUUUGAUUGUGCACCCAUACAAUGCUUCCUGGGAUUAUACAGAGUAAAGUUAGCUCACUCGUUAGUAUGUCACCCACGGAGCAAUGGGCAAGCAGAGGCGGCGAAUAAGCAAAUCAUGGCUGCACUGAAAAAGAAGCUAGAAGACUGUAAAGGCAAAUGGGCAGAUCUUAUGCCAGAAAUUUUGUGGUGCAACAGAACUUCUAUCAAGGAGGCUACCGGCGAGAGUCCGUUUAAGUUAAGCUUCAGGUCUGAGGCGGUCAUACCGGCAGAAAUGGCUAUGCCAACCAUACGAAUCCAGCAUUACGAUGAGGAAAGAAACGAUCAGCUGCUGUGA